AUAAGUUUAUAUUUACUCAAGAAUUUUAAAUUUACACCUUCAACACAAAGGCAAAUCAAGCAGGCCUAGAAGCAAAUCAAGCAUCUCAAAGGCAAAAGAUGAAUGAAAAUUAGUGUUAAGCUAGGGAACGGAAGUAGUAGGAAAGGCAAAGAAAAAACUUGAGUAAGAUUGGACGAUGGAUUUGUUACCGGCUGAAUCAUCGCAUGUGCUGCCAAAGAAGCACCGGUUCCGUUCCCUGAAACUGGUGAAUGUGAACAUGGAGGAGGCCUUGUCGGAGACGCCGUGCGGAGUCGACUACGGCCGCCUGGACAAUGGUCUCACUUACUAUGUUCGAUCCAAUUCAAAGCCGAAGAUGAGAGCUGCUCUGGCACUGGCCGUCAGAGCUGGAUCAGUUUUAGAAGACGAGGAAGAGCGUGGUGUUGCUCAUAUAGUAGAACAUCUUGCUUUUAGUGCCACUGAGAAAUACACAAACCAUGAUAUUAUUAGGUUUCUUGAAAGUAUCGGGGCUGAAUUUGGUGCUUGCCAGAAUGCAGUCACAUCUGCUGAUGAAACUAUUUAUGAGCUCUUUGUUCCAAUUGACAAACCAGAGUUAUUAUCUCAAGCAAUUUCUGUAUUAGGAGAGUUCAGCUCGGAGGUCCGAGCAUCGGAGUAUGACUUGGAAAAGGAAAGAGGGGCUGUAAUGGAGGAAUAUAGAGGAAAUAGGAAUGCCUAUGGACGGAUGCAGGAUGCACAAUGGGUUCUGAUGAUGGAAGGUUCAAAGUAUGCUGAGAGGCUACCCAUUGGAGUAGAAAAGGUGAUCAAGACAGUUUCUCCUCAGAUUGUGAAACAUUUCUAUAAAAAGUGGUACCAACUGCAGAAUAUGGCUGUUAUAGCUGUAGGAGAUUUUCCUGACACACAGAGUGUUGUUGAGUUGAUAAAGACUCACUUUGGAUAUAAAACUUCUCCACCUGACCUGCCUCCUAUACCAUUCUAUCCUGUUCCAUCACAUGAAAAGACAAGGUUUUCAUGUUUUGUGGAAUCUGAGGGAGCUGGGUCUGCUGUGAUGAUUAGCUGCAAAAUGCCUGUGGAUGAGCUUAAAACAGUGAAAGACUAUCGUGAUUUGCUUGCAGAAUCCAUGUUUUUUCACGCUUUGAAUCAGAGAUUUUUCAAGAUAUCUCGUAAGAAGGAUCCUCCUUAUUAUUCUUGCAGUGGUGCAGCAGAUUGUCUUGUCCGUUCAGUGAAAGCCUACAUUAUGACUUCAUCCUGCAAAGAGAAGGGCACUCUUGAGGCUUUAGAAUCAAUGCUAACUGAGGUUGCAAGGGUACGACUGCAUGGGUUCUCUGAACGCGAAAUAUCUGUUGUACGUGCUUUGCUGAUGUCAGAGAUUGAAUCUGCCUACUUAGAGAGAGAACAGAUGCAGUCAACAAGCUUAAGAGAUGAGUAUUUGCAGCAUUUUCUCCGCAAUGAACCUGUUAUUGGCAUUGAGUAUGAGGCACAACUUCAGAAAACUCUUUUACCUCACAUAUCAGCAUACGAGGUAACCAAAUACUCAGAGAGGUUUAGGACAUCAUCUAGCUGUGUUAUUAAAACAAUAGAGCCCCGAGCAACUGCCACACUGGAUGAUCUGAAGGCUCUUGUUUCGAAGAUCAAUACACUUGAACAAGAGAAAAGUCUUCCUCCUUGGGAUGAUGAAAAUAUUCCCGAAGAAAUUGUUUCUGUAAAACCAAAUCCAGGGUGGAUAGUGGAGCAGUUUGAACAUCAGAAAGUUGGGGCUUUUGAGUUAAUUUUAUCAAAUGGCAUGCGAGUGUGCUAUAAGUGCACUGACUUUCUUGAUGAUCAGGUUUUAUUCACAGGGUUUUCGUAUGGUGGUUUAUCUGAAGUUCCAGAAAGUGAAUACUUCUCAUGUUCAAUGAGCUCAACCAUUGCUGGUGAAAUUGGUGUUUUUGGUUAUCGGCCUUCAGUUCUUAUGGAAAUGCUUGCUGGAAAACGAGUUGAAGUUGACACAAAACUUGGGGCAUAUAUGAGAACAGUUUAUGGUGAUUGUUCACCUUCAGAUUUAGAAACUGCAUUACAGCUGGUCUAUCAACUCUUCACCACAAAAGUAGAACCAGGACAAGAGGAUGUCAAGAUAGUGAUGCAAAUGGCAGAAGAAACUAUACGUGCUCAGGAGAGAGAUCCCUACACUGCCUUUGCAGACCGUGUGCGGGAGCUUAAUUAUGGGAACUCCUAUUUCUUCAGGCCAAUUAGAAUUAGAGAUCUUCAAAAAGUCAAUCCAUAUAAAGCAUGUGAAUAUUUCAGCAAUUGCUUCAAGGAUCCUUCAACAUUUACAAUGGUGAUUGUUGGGAAUAUUGACCCUGCCACUGCACGUCCAUUAAUAUUACAGUAUUUGGGCGGAAUUCCAAGGCCACCUGAGCCCAUAUUACAUUUCAACCGUGAUGCUCUUAAAGGCUUGCCAUUCAGAUUUCCUUCAACUGUAAUUAGAGAAGUUGUUCGUAGCCCUAUGUUGGAAGCACAGUGUUCAGUCCAACUAUGCUUUCCUGUUGAGCUAACAAGUGAAAACAUGAUGGAAGAUGUUCAUUUUGUUGGUUUUCUUAGCAAGUUUCUUGAAACUAAGAUAGUACAAGUUCUCCGCUUUAAGUAUGGGCAGAUAUACUCUGCUGGAGUUUCUGUGUUUCUUGGUGGCAAUAGACCAUCUAAAGUUGGCAAUAUUCGUGGUGAUAUUAGCAUCAACUUUUCUUGUGAUCCUGAUAUCUCCUCAACAUUGGUUGACAUUGCAUUGGAUGAAAUAUUGCGUCUCCAAGAAGAUGGACCCUCCAAUGAAGAUGUUUCCACCGUGCUAGAAAUUGAGCAGAGGGCACAUGAAAAUGGAUUACAGGAGAAUAGUUAUUGGCUGGAGAGGAUGCUGCGCAGCUACCAAUCACGGAUCUAUUCUGGUGAUGUUGGUAGUUGUUUUGAGGUGCAGGACAAGGCCCGUUCUAAAGUUAGAGAAACAUUGACUCCGUUGACAGCCCAAUUGGCAUUGCAAAGACUACUUCCAUUUCCGUGCAAGAAACAGUACACUGUAGUAAUUUUGAUGCCACAAACUUCUCAUAUGAAAAGAUUAAAGUCAUUCAUAUGUUCUGCUCCAACACGAUAUUGUACAGAAGCAAAGGUUUUGAUGGGGACAGCUGGUGUGGCAGUUUUGCUACUCGCUUUGUGGAGACAUUCACGGAACAGCCUGAAAUCCUAAGUUAGACCCCUCAUAUGAGGACCGUGAAUCCACACAGUUGCUGGGACUUUAGAUACUGCAUUGGCUCUUCAAUUUUUCAAACAUAACCAUUUCCGCCCUCACACCCUUCUCUGAGUUUUAUUUCACUACUAUAUGUAUUUGACAGCAGACUCUUUUGCCUUUUGAUGUUGCAGCCACUCUCUUCUCUUUUAUGACCACUUUAGCCACGAAAAUUUCAAGUCGUUUUACUUUUAAAACAUUAAACAUCCCUCCAUCAACCCACAAAACAGUCUUGAAGUUCUUGUUCAAAACUAUCUCCAUUUCGGUGAGUUGUUCAACCGAAAAUAGACCUUUAUGUUUUUAUCCGAAUACGUUUGGUUUUUGAAACCUUUCUUAGGAGUUCGUUGGAGAGUUUCUCUUAGGUUUGUUGGUGUUAUUCAACAGUCUCUAAUGGUAUCAAAGACUCAUCUAA